AUGGCGUCUUAUCUGCUUCUGCUGGGUGUGGCCACCCUGACUGUGUCUGCCCUGGACACUGCCCACCUGGAGGAGCGGUGCGGCCACACGUGGCACGGGGACGGGCUGCUGCUGCGCUCCCACGCGACGUCCCGCCGCUUCUACUUCGUGGCUCAGGACACUGACUGCUGGCUGUGGGUGCAGGCGGCCGCCCCCGGCGACAGGAUUCGCUUCCAGUUCCACUUCUUCCUAGUCUACAGCCUGACGACACCGGGGGCCCAGGAGCCCCCCGCGCCGGCUGAUCCCUGCGCCCCCGGCUCCUACCUGCAGUUCUACGAGGGUUCUCCAGAGGUGCCCCAGCCCCUGGGGCCCCCUCUGUGCGGCCUGACCAUCCCCGCCCCGGUGACCUCCUCUGGACCCUUCCUCGGCCUGCGCCUGGUCACCAGAGGCAGCCAGCCCCGCGUGGACUUCGUGGGAGCGGCCACCUCUUUCCAUUUAGGGUCUUGUGGCCCCUACUUCCGCUGUGGGAAUGGAAGGUGCAUCCCCCUGAGCCUGCUGUGUGAUGUCUGGGACGUGGAUAACUGCGGUGAUGGCAGCGACCAGGAUGCCUGGCCACCAGCCAACUGUAGAGGUACUUCUGUGACAUCCAACCAGACAGGAAGCAUGGCCAACGCCACCUCCAGGCCCCGGCAGUCUCUCUCCCUGGCUGUCAGGACUGCUGUCCCUACCCACACUGCAGCUGAGAGGCGCUCCACAGCCGACCAGGACGCCGCUCGACAGGAUGUGGCUUUGCAAGGACCCUGGCUCUCGAGUGUGGCUCUGGCCUCCUUGCUGCUCCUGGCCUCUACUGGUCUCCUCACGGGCCUCCUUUGGUGUUGCUGUUCCCUGGGUGGGCCAGCCUGGCCCCCUGAGGUCCUCAGCCUCCGCCUCAGAUGUGGCACAGCCUGCCACACGUGCUACCGGUGUCCUGGCCGGGUCACCCCGGGGAUGCAGCUAAGCCAGCCUGCCUUCCAGCACCCGGGAGAUCAUCCCUAG